AUGGCUACCUUCAAGACCGUCUUCCAAGAUACUACCAUGGAGCCGAAAUUUAAUCCGAGCUUGCGCCCUAGCAAUUCAACCCCCUCGUUGAAAGCAGCGAAAAACCGCCCAAUAUCUGUUCGUUCUACAGGAUCCAGAUCGUACCGUCAUAUAUUGCUAAAAUCAGAGGAUUCAGCGGACCAAUUGAUCAGGGACUUGCCGAUACCUCCAGUCCUAACACAGGGCCCGCCAGAGCUUACAGUGAGAAAUGCCGUCACGAUGAAUAAGCUCUCUCGUCUAUCUAUACCUACAAGAAAGUCGUCCAAGGCUGAUCUUGAAAGUCAAAUCCCGGGAACUCCUAUUCUCGAUGAUACAAGACGACCUGGAAUAGUGUGUAUUGAUCCUACAAUACACCCUCCAGGCAAGCACGCAGAAAUCCACCACCCUGGUUUAAUUGCUGACUUCUGCGAUGCUGGGCUUGCCGUUGAGCGCGAUUCUCCCAUCAGAACCCCACCAAGCAAGCCUGCUUCUGUACGUUCUGCUCCCGUAUUAACUGGUCGGGUCCGCCGCGUUCUUUCAGGGGGUGACAUAUGCGAAGAUAUAGUUGAUGUUUCCGAGCAUAUCCAUAAGAACCACAGCUCAGCUACCAAGGUUCGUCCGGCUAUUGGGUUACUUCGCAACAACGAAAAGCACGACGGCCACUUUCGUAUUUCAAAGGUCCAACCUGCUCUUGAAAAAGUCGAGCAAAAGAAGAUAAUCCACCAAAGCAAAGUACACACCCUAGUAGAUUUCACGCCAGAAGAGCCAUACAUCUUAGAGCACACCCACCAUGGCCACAGUCUCGCGCCAAAAGUCCGUCUAUCCAUUGAUGAUUCUAGAGAUAGUACAUAUCACAGCGACCCCCACGAAGGUCAUAUUUGGGUUCAGAAGGCACAGCCUUAUCACGAAUCGGCAUCUACCGCCUUUAGAACAGAGGAAAACUCAAUUCCAAGGUUAUCCGUGAAGAAGCACGUCCACCAGGGUGACGAUUCGGCAAAAUCGACUUCGUACUGGGGAUUCUUACCAGGAUUUGGAAAUCAAGAGGGUGAGAAGGCCGGGGUGACUGGUGAACCUGUGGAUAACUCAAUCCCUCAUGUCAGCAAUGAAAACCAUCCUUCAUUGAGCGCUAGUCAGUAUUCGGCUUCUCAAAAAAGCCUCGAAGCUGCCUCCAAACCCGUUGCAAGACUUGCAGAAUUCAUUGACAGAGUUUCUCUUCGGGAUGAUGGGCAAGAAACGGAAAUUCCAACAGCUUCUGUUUCUCCAACAUCAUAUGCGCAUCGCACGAGGGGUGAUAAUAAUGCUGCAGAGCAAGGUAUAUUACCUGAGGGGAUUGACCCUGCGCAUGCCGCAACCUGGCUUCGUCAGUUUCUCGGAUAUCCAGAGUCAAACCCUCCGAAUCUUACCCAACUACCGGAGAAAUCCCAUCCUCGUCACGAGGAUCAUGACGACUACCCCAACAACAAAGACGAGGCGUUGGUUUCUAGAGCGACGACUUUCUCAGGGAAAACAUCGAACGAGGCCGGAAUGAUGGACACGGCUAUGCAUAACCUUGAGCAACUACUGGACGAGGCACUUUUCCUCGCCAACGAAGCUACCGAAAACGACCAUUGCAGGCAUGAUGAUGACAAGGACCUCAUUUCCCGCCUACAGAAUGCAACUGAAGCAUUUAAAGACCCCCCGAUCUUAUCUGAUACCCAGGUAAGUUAUGAGAGAGAGCUUGAUAAAAGCCUGCAUCGUCAUACACUUGCCGAGAAACUGCCAGAUACCAUCGUGGAUGCGGCUGAAGAAAAGGCUGGUGGCCUUAAGACAUCAUCCUCGAAGGCGGCAGCCCAAGAAGACCCAAUAGAACCUGACAUGCGUAACGGCAAUAUUGCGCGGUCAAAUAUAAAAAAUGGAUCGAAUAUCCGUGGCCUUCGGAAGCCUAAAGAAAGUUAUAGUGAAAGUCGCGAAGUACGCCAUCAGGUUUCCGACGGGGAGCAUAUUUUGCCUCUGCCACCACCAGGCAGUAAACUCAAGAGACAAUAUCUCUCUCCAAUGCUUCAGGCAUAUGAUGAGGAUGAUCCCACUGGGAUCAUAAGGCCUCGUACUAAGGCCGUCCCCAACAGUAGAGAAGUUAGGGAGUACAUUCGCGUAUUUCACCAGCCACCAAUCACCCUUCGACACAGUUCCAAGAACCUUAGCGAAAACUCACUAGGAAUGGAGGUUCAACCCCGUCGAGCUGCCACCGUUUCCGAGGGCUGUCGCAAAGAUGCGGAUGCAUAUAGCUUGAAAGACGGCACAUCUGAUGAUACGAUAGACUUUUCCACCCAAUACAACAAUGAUAGACAAGGGAAAGAAAUACCAAGCAUCGAAGUGUCGACAUAUAACGGUAACCGGAAUGUGUUGACGACUAGACUCGGAAGAGCUCGAAGGAAGGUGGCUUCCAAGAGAAUUCACGAGUUGCGCAAUAUCAACCUUCGGGGGAGAUCUCACGUCAGUAUCAGGGAUGGACAACGAUUCAGCCUAACCAAGUCGGUGAAGCGACAGCCUAUAAUCGCUCGCGACUGGUCUCCUAUCCGUAAGAGAUUUGUCGCCUCGGUUGCGUGCAUCAGUACAGCCUUGAUUGGUGUCCUGGUGGGAAUCUAUGCAGGCUUGGUUCCGUCAAUUCAGUAUUUCAUUGCAGAUUUCCACCAUUACUCAAUCAUCGGCAACGUAGUGUUAUACCUUGGAAUGGCAUUGUCAACGUUUUUUUGCUGGCCAUUGCCACUGCUACACGGCCGGAAGCCAUACAUCUUAUGCAGCCUAUGCGUAGCUCUGCCGCUUCUCUUCCCGCAAGCUGUUGCGGUUAGCAUACCUAGAUCACCGUACACCAGCGUCUGGAGAUGGGCGUUGCUUCUUCCUAGAGCAAUCAUGGGCUGUGCUUUGGGUUUAGCGAGUAUGAAUUUUCAUUCGAUACUAACUGACCUCUUUGGAGCGUCCCUAAUGAGCAGCAAUCCGCACCAGGAGGUCGUCGACCAAUACGACGUAAGGAGACAUGGCGGCGGGCUCGGAAUUUGGCUGGGCGUCUGGACAUGGUGUUUCAUCGGCUCAUUAGGUAUCGGCUUUCUAGUCGGUGCCGUGGUCAUUGACACUUUAAAGCCGUCGUGGGGACUUUACAUUAGCAUCAUGCUAAUUGCACUCGUUCUCCUUCUUAACGUCCUGUGUCCCGAAGUUCGACGUUCAGGUUGGAGACGUUCCGUAGCCGAAGUCAGGACCCCUUUAGGAAUAUCUCGAAGAGUAGCUCGCGGGGAGAUUAUGAUGCAUCGAGUCAAAGAUGGCCCCAAAUGGUGGGGACAGGAGAUGUAUCACGGGGUCGCCCUAUCUCUUGAAAUGCUUCGUCAACCGGGCUUCGUCAUUAUGGCUGUAUAUUCUGCGUGGAUAUAUGCUCAAGUCGUUUUGAUCAUUGUUCUUCUGGGGUCCUUAUCUUCUAGGCACUACCAUUUCCGGUCUCCGUACGUAGGUGCUGCGGUCUCAUCUGUCGCCAUCGGAGCGCUUGCAGCAGUGCCGUUCCAAAAGGCAAACCUCUUUUCACGGUCCCGAUGGACAGGUCCGCCAACAAACAAUAUGACCUUCGACAAGUCGGUAACUUGGACCUCCCAUCUUGUUCGGAGAGCUAUCUUCAUUAUCGUACUCCCGAUUGCCGGAAUUCUAUAUACUGAUAGUACCAAACGGACGAAUUACUCAUCUUUUCCCCGAGUCACUGCUGGAUGGAACAUUAUUCACAGCAUCGGUUUUAUUCUUGCUGCGGGAGCAACAGGUAUCGGUGGCAUAGUCACACGGAAUCUAGGGCAGAGGGCUGCAACGGGCAUUGUCGCAUCCAUCUUGUUCAUACACUCUCUUCUACUACUGGCCGUGUUUGCUCGUUUUCGCAGGAUACAAAUCAUACCCAACUCAAAAAGCUUCGAGAUGGAAAGAUGGACUGAAGAACGUCGACAUAGUCUACGCCGGCAUGCCUCCGCAGUAGCCGCUGCCAAAGCUAAUGAGAAAUUCCGCCGAAUGAAUAUUCUUGAGCUGGGUUCCUUGACUCGCUGGAGCGAAAUUCGCAAGAAGAACCGAUUGAUCGACAAAGGCAUGCAUCUCAAUCGACAGACAGUCGACUUAGCACGGGAUGAAAUCGACCGGAGGCGCCACGAAUUUAUAGGUGACGUCCACCGGGGCGCAGAAGUCGUUGGGGACCUCGUCCGCAAAGUAAGCAAGAGGAGCAAGCGUAGCCACGACAGCGAUCACGAUAACGCUUCCCGAGAUGAUCCCGAUGACAUGGGUCCACUAGGUCCACCAGGGGCCGGACUUGAACAUGAGCAUUCCUCGUUACCCCGUGAGGUUUAUGCCGAGCGCGAAUGCGUCAUGGGCCAGGCCGUGCCAGAGGAAGUGGAGGUUUCAUCGAUGGACGACGCAUCGGACGACGACUCGGACGACGAACAUGAAUGGAUACCAAUGGAAGAUCAUUCAUCUCAUAUGACCUCCAAGGUUCAGCCAUAUACUGACUUCAAAAGACAAAAUUUGCGAGGCGGCGAACCUAACACGGGGGAUUACGUGAUCAACAUGGAUACCAUCCAGGGUGAACACACCUCGCAUAGUGAAUCAAAGGUCAAGCCUGCUGAGCUAGACGACACGGAACUCGAAAGGCUAACCCGAGAGCACGGCGCUCAUAUGUAUCAGAGCAAGAUUAAAUCCGCAAGUACGGAAUUCGAGGAUGCUGACUCGAGCGGGAAAUCUAACCGCAGAGGUUCGAAAGUAACGAAGCAAGAUUAA